AUGUCGAUGCCUGACGCGAUGCCGCUGCCCGGGGUCGGCGAGGAGCGGAAGCAGGCCAAGGAGAUCGAGGACGCCGAGAAGUACUCCUUCAUGGCCACCGUCACCAAGGCGCCCAAGAAGCAAAUCCAGUUUGCUGAUGACAUGCAGGAGUUCACCAAGUUCCCCACCAAGACAGGCCGCCGCUCUCUGUCGAGGUCCAUCUCUCAGUCCUCCACCGACAGCUACAGCUCAGCGGCGUCCUACACCGACAGCUCUGAUGAUGAGGUCUCCCCCCGGGAUAAGCAGCAAACCAACUCCAAGGGCAGCAGCAAUUUCUGCGUGAAGAACAUCAAGCAGGCGGAAUUUGGACGCCGGGAGAUUGAGAUCGCAGAGCAAGACAUGUCUGCUCUGAUUUCACUCAGGAAACGCGCUCAGGGGGAGAAGCCCUUGGCUGGUGCUAAAAUAGUGGGCUGUACACACAUCACAGCCCAGACUGCGGUGUUGAUUGAGACGCUGUGUGCGCUGGGGGCCCAGUGCCGCUGGUCUGCCUGCAACAUCUACUCCACGCAGAACGAAGUGGCUGCAGCGCUGGCUGAGGCGGGAGUUGCCGUGUUCGCGUGGAAGGGCGAGUCGGAAGACGACUUCUGGUGGUGCAUCGACCGCUGUGUGAACAUGGACGGCUGGCAAGCCAACAUGAUCCUGGAUGAUGGGGGAGACUUAACCCACUGGGUUUAUAAGAAGUAUCCAAACGUGUUUAAGAAGAUCCGAGGCAUUGUGGAAGAGAGCGUGACUGGUGUGCACAGGCUGUAUCAGCUCUCCAAAGCGGGGAAGCUCUGUGUUCCAGCCAUGAACGUCAAUGAUUCUGUUACCAAACAGAAGUUUGAUAACUUGUACUGCUGCCGAGAGUCCAUUCUGGAUGGCCUGAAGAGGACCACAGACGUGAUGUUUGGGGGGAAGCAGGUGGUGGUGUGUGGCUACGGUGAGGUGGGGAAGGGCUGCUGUGCUGCUCUCAAGGCCCUCGGCGCCAUCGUCUACAUCACGGAGAUCGACCCCAUCUGUGCUCUGCAGGCCUGCAUGGACGGGUUCAGGGUGGUAAAGCUCAGUGAAGUCAUCCGGCAAGUGGACGUGGUGAUCACCUGCACAGGAAAUAAGAACGUGGUGACGCGGGAGCAUCUGGACCGCAUGAAAAACAGCUGUAUCGUGUGCAACAUGGGCCACUCCAACACGGAGAUUGAUGUGACCAGCCUGCGCACCCCAGAGCUGACGUGGGAGCGGGUCCGUUCUCAGGUGGACCAUGUCAUCUGGCCAGACGGCAAGCGUGUCGUCCUGCUGGCAGAGGGGCGCCUGCUCAACCUGAGCUGCUCCACAGUCCCCACCUUUGUCCUGUCCAUCACGGCCACCACACAGGCUUUGGCGCUGAUAGAGCUCUACAAUGCCCCCGAGGGACGCUACAAGCAAGACGUGUACUUGCUGCCCAAGAAAAUGGAUGAGUACGUUGCCAGCUUGCACCUGCCAUCAUUUGAUGCCCACCUGACAGAGCUGACAGAUGACCAAGCAAAAUACCUGGGACUCAACAAAAAUGGGCCAUUCAAACCCAAUUAUUACAGAUACUAA